UGCUGACAUCUGUGUUUCUACUUAUGAAACAGAUUGGAAUGAGAGGAGUGGUGGGGGCUCUUGGGAUGUGAAACUCCACUGGAUAAUUCCCAGUUCUCUGCCCUCUCUCAGGUCCCUGAGCAAAAUGGGAAAUGGUUCAGUGAAACCCAAACAUCCCAAGCAUCCAGACGGCCAGUCCGGGAACCUCACCUACAAUGCCCUUCGCAGCAAGGUGACAGAGCUGGAGAGAGAGCUGAGGAGGAAGGAUGCUGAGAUCCAGGAGCGGGAGUACCACUUGAAGGAACUGCGGGAGCAGCUGUCGAAGCAGACGGUGGCCAUUGCCGAGCUCACAGAGGAGCUGCAGAACAAGUGUAUCCAGCUGAACAAGCUGCAGGAUGUGGUGCACAUCCAGGGCGGCAGCCUGCUCCAGGCCUCUCCGGAUGGGGUGCCCCUGGAGGUCCACCGGAAGACCUCGGGACUUGUCUCUCUCCACAGCAGGAGGGGAGCAAAGGCUGGGGUGUCUGCUGAGCCAACAACCCGAACCUACGACCUCAACAAACCCCCUGAAUUUUCCUUUGAGAAAGCAAGAGUCAGAAAGGAGUCCAGUGAGAAGAAGCUCAUUACAGAUGCUCUUAAUAAAAAUCAGUUUUUGAAGAGACUGGAUCCUCAGCAGAUCAAAGACAUGGUGGAAUGCAUGUAUGGAAGAAACUACCAGCAAGGGAGUUACAUUAUUAAGCAAGGAGAACCAGGAAACCACAUAUUUGUGCUGGCAGAGGGCCGAGUAGAGGUGUUCCAAGGGGAGAAACUGAUCUCAUGCAUCCCUAUGUGGACCACGUUUGGGGAACUAGCCAUUUUAUACAACUGUACGAGGACCGCCUCUGUGAAAGCUAUUACCAAUGUUAAAACUUGGGCACUAGAUCGAGAGGUAUUCCAGAAUAUAAUGAGAAGGACAGCGCAAGCUAGAGAUGAACAGUACAGAAACUUCCUCAGAAGCGUAUCCUUGCUGAAGAAUUUACCUGAAGACAAAUUAACUAAGAUCAUUGACUGCUUGGAAGUGGAAUACUAUGACAAAGGAGAUUACAUUAUACGAGAGGGCGAGGAAGGAAGUACCUUCUUCAUUUUAGCCAAAGGAACGGUCAAGGUCACCCAGAGUAUGGAAGGCCAUGAUCAGCCACAAGUGAUAAAAACACUGCAGAAAGGAGAAUACUUUGGAGAAAAAGCUCUUAUCAGUGAAGAUGUCAGAUCAGCAAACAUUAUCGCUGAGGAAAAUGAUGUUGCGUGCCUGGUUAUAGAUCGAGAAACGUUCAACCAGACAGUUGGGACUUUUGAAGAACUACAAAAAUACCUUGAAGGGUAUGUGGCAAACCUGAACCGUGAUGAUGAAAAAAGACAUGCGAAGAGAUCCAUGUCUCACCGGAAUCUGUCGAAAGCGCUCUCUCUGGAGAUGAUUCAGCUGAAGGAGAAAGUGGCCAGAUUUUCCUCUUCAUCCCCAUUCCAGAACCUUGAGAUUAUCGCAACACUGGGCGUUGGUGGGUUCGGAAGAGUUGAGCUUGUUAAAGUAAAAAACGAGAAUGUUGCUUUUGCUAUGAAGUGUAUAAGGAAGAAACACAUAGUUGAUACUAAGCAACAGGAGCAUGUCUACUCGGAGAAGAGGAUCCUGGAGGAGCUGUGUUCGCCCUUCGUUGUGAAAUUGUAUCGUACUUUCAAGGACAAUAAGUAUGUAUACAUGCUUCUGGAAGCCUGCUUAGGUGGGGAGCUAUGGAGCAUAUUAAGGGACAGAGGCAGCUUUGAUGAACCCACCUCCAAGUUCUGUGUGGCUUGUGUGACUGAAGCAUUUGAUUACCUGCAUCGACUAGGUAUUAUCUACAGAGACCUGAAGCCAGAAAACUUAAUUCUGGAUGCUGAGGGCUAUCUGAAAUUGGUUGACUUUGGAUUUGCUAAGAGAAUAGGAUCUGGACAGAAAACAUGGACAUUCUGUGGGACCCCAGAGUAUGUAGCUCCUGAAGUCAUUCUCAACAAAGGCCAUGACUUCAGCGUGGAUUUUUGGUCCCUGGGAAUUCUAGUGUAUGAGCUCCUGACGGGCAACCCACCCUUUUCUGGGACUGACCAAAUGAUGACCUACAAUUUGAUUCUCAAAGGAAUUGAAAAAAUGGAUUUUCCCAGAAAAAUAACAAGAAAACCUGAGGAUUUGAUUAGGAGGCUUUGCAGGCAAAAUCCAACAGAAAGGCUGGGAAAUCUGAAGAAUGGAAUCAAUGACAUUAAGAAACACAGGUGGUUAAGUGGUUUUAAUUGGGAGGGACUGAAAGCACGGAACCUUCCAUCACCUUUACGAAGAGAGCUCAAUGGACCCACCGAUCACAGCUACUUUGACAAGUAUCCUCCUGAAAAGGGAGUGCCUCCAGAUGAGCUUUCAGGCUGGGAUAAAGAUUUCUGACAGAAAAAAAAAAUGAUUACUGCCUGUCUACUACAGAAGACUACGAGCACCAAUAAUCCAAUACUGAUUAUUUCUCUCUAUGGCAUAUUGUGAUUUCUUUUGGAAGACCCUUAGGGAAAAGAAAUCCCUGCCCAUGAGCUGGGGUGGAUGAUAGUGGGUAUGGAGGUGGUUCUGAAUGUUAAUGUCUUAUUUAGAUGCUGUGAAUUAUUCAUGUAUUCUAUUCUUUGCUUUUCUCAAAUGUUGAAGACUAUUCUCUCCACAGUCAGAACCAUUUUUGUUGAAGGGACAUAGUGCUCUCUGCAAUCCAUUGCUCCAUCCUGAUCAUAUUCAUCUCCUUUGAGCCCUAAUAAGGUUUAAAAAAACAACUUGCCCUUGAGCAACUAAGACAUGCAAAUAGUAUCAAGAAAAAGGGUGGAUUUUGGAAGAUUUCCCCUGCUCUCAACAACUCCAUGUAAACAUUGAAGCAUUAAAGUGGUGGUUUGCAGAAGUCUUGGUAGUCAAAAGAGGCACUUGACUUUUACUUGCAUUAAACUUAGAAAUGUAUUAAGGUGUUUCUGAUAAUAGUCUGGGGAAAGGCAAGUUUGAGUGUUUAGUAUGGCUCCCUAAAAUAAAUGAGUUAAUUAAUCCAACAAGGUUAUUAUAUUCUAUUAGGGAGCUUAGAAAAAUAAACAGAGCAAAAAAUAUUUUCCAUUCUCCUGUGACCAGCUGUGAUACCUCAGAGACUUUCCAAAGCCUUGUUAAAGGUGGUUUUAAUGUGCUAUUAAGUGAUGGACUUUUACAAAGGUUUUAUCUUAUAGACUAAGUACUUUUGUAAUCAAAAUAGAAAUCAUGCAGGAACAAAAUUGUGAAGGCUUUUCCUUCCCAUUAAACGUGGAGGCGAAUAAAGUCUGAGAGGUAAGGUUGCUGACUCUGAGACUGAGAUAUUUUGGGCAGUUCUGUGAUUGUUCCUAUUAAUAAACCAAGAGUAUAGACUAACUAGAGUUAAUUUUUAAUGAAGAUGCCAUUGGUAAAUGUUGAUGCACUACAAUCACUGCUGAGUUAACUCUUUGUAAAGACAUCUGAGUCAUGAUGUGCUUAUAAUUUUAGAUUGUUCAGGCAGGCAAGCUGCUGGAGAAGUGGAAGCAUCAUCUAGCAUCUGCCCUCCUCCCGUCUCCUCCAUGCAGUCUUCCAAAUAAUGAAGAGAAUAGUUUCAACAGCGUUGGACACCAGUACCUAAGAACUUUACUAGUAAAUGUUUCUAUCACUUCCUCACCUUCCUUCCAAAAUGGAUAGGAAGCAGACUUUCUCUGUAUCUUUUAGAUCUGGCAAAGUAAAAAUACAGGCUCAGUUACUGCAUUAUUCAAGCUUCUGGUUAUAUUUUUAUAUGCAGAUGUCCUAUGGGAAUAGGAGCCUCUACCCACACCCCACCCAUAUUUUCUUCAUUCAAAGAAAGUCAGCUACAUGCUUCCUGAAGAAUUAAACCAGAUAAGAGAGGCCCAGCCCAGGAAGGUGCAUUCUUAACAAAUUGAAUUUCCACAUUUAGAAUCCUUUUGCUGAACCAAAGAAUUUUUGUUUCCUGGAAUAGUAUUUUUAAAGAUUAUGUAUUGUACAUAGAAAAACCAUUUUUAAUAGGAUCGACAUAACCUGCUUAAUGAAUUUCUAAGAUUUUUAAAAGAUUUUUAUUUGCGUUUGGUUUGUAAGCACUGUAUGUUUUUCCAUGUAUAUAUUUUUAAAUUACCCACCUAAAUGUAGGUAAUUUAUGUAUUGGGUGGAUAUUAAAAUUGUACAGUUAUAAUAGCAGUGAUAUUCUCAAAGGAAAUCAAGAUUUGUAAUUCAAGAAAGACCUACAUAUAUACAAAUAAAAACUGACUUAGACUACUCCAGGUAUUUUGCCUGUGAUUGGCCAUAUCAAUAUAUAAUGCUCA